AUGACAACGAAAUUCCUCGACAAUUUCAUGGCGACGUCCGCCGUAGAUUGGGACACUUUCGAGGAGGCGCGCAUGAAGCAGUUCCUCCAGUUCAACCGGAUGCUCUCCGAGACGGAAGACGCGGAUGCCAUCGAGGCAAUGGUGAACAGUGUGCUCGCGGCAAUGCAGGAGUUCGGUGUCGACUUGGCCGGGGCAGACGUGGAGUUCUUGAAGGAGAAGGCGAUGCUGAACGCAUCCGCCCCCUCGGCGGAAUUCACCGCGAGCGUGCACCUCGCCGAGGUCAGCCCGACGCCGACGAAAUUGUUCUUGUUCGACGCUAUCGACAACGCGUACAUCGGGCCGGACUUCGUUUUCCAGAAAGACAUGGAGCUCGAGGUGAUCGUGAGCGACGCCUGA